CCUCUUUCUCUCUCUCUCCCUCUUCUUUCCUUCUGUCCAGAUUGAUUCCUCUCUCUCUCCAGGGUGCAAUUCACAUCCCGCCACAAGCCAGCCAGAUCUAAACAUUAAAACACACAUAGAUCAAACAUAUGCUAAACAUCCACCGUAUGUAACAUGGCGUCGGUGGAGUAGCUCAUGACUCGACUCUGUGGCAUGUCCGGGAAAGCUGAGGGUUCAUUCUAGACCACGGGGGAAACCUGGAGCCAAUUAAGCCGCUGGAAUGCCACAUGUGGACCGAUCUCCACAUCGGAACAGAGGGGAGCAGUAACCGUGGGAGCAGUAACCGUGGGCACGAGAGGAGCACGGGCAACUGUUUGAACGGAUUCACUCGUCUCAGCAAAGAAGCCCACUAGAUAAUCUGUUGUUUUCUUUAACGGUAAAAAGAAGACAGACUGAUGGAGACUCUCUCAGCUGACGGGUGUUAGAGUGGCUUGAGGAUGCGUAAAACGGACGUGUCGUGGGUCUAAAUUCUCGAACGUUGGAUGAGUCGUCCCUACACAGUCUAUCUGACUCCACAGUCUUUACAAAACAUGUCUGUGGUGACUGUUGCGUUUCUGCUGGGUUUCACGACGACGCUUUUCAGCGGGGCUGGAGGGCAGCUGGAGACCUGCCGCGGAUCUCACUGCUUCCCGCCCGAGGACUGGAGCACCGCGUGCGUGGGAGCGCACUGCCAGGGGCGCAGGGAAGCGGCGCCCAGACCGUCCACACCCGACGUCCACAGGAGACACUCUCUAGGACGAGUCCGUCCCGUGAACGUGGACGCUCACACGGGGAAUCAACGGCCAAGUGCGGCCGUGCCGUUCACCGUCAUUCAGCCGGGCACGGCCACGGGUGGAACCAAGAGACUCAACCCCAGAACCGUCACGGCCGAAGUGUUCCACCCGGGGUGCAGAGGGGGAACCUGCCACGGGUCCCCGCGACCCACCGGACGAGGGAACGAGCCCCAGGAAUGCAAGGGCUUUGAGUGCGAGCUGCCGCUCAGGAAGCGACCGCAGCCGUGCGCCGGCGAUAGCUGCUCUGCGGGGGGUGAGGACCCUGCCCCAGCAGGAAGAGAGCGGUCGGCCCCGGUCCACAUGACGGACAGAGCGGCACAGUUUCUGGGUGAAAUCCCGGAGCUGCCACCGGAGCGCGGAGCCUCGCCGCCGGGGAUACAGCUGACAUGUGACAUCAAGCCAGGUUCUAGCGAGGCGCCGUCAGAGGAUGCGCUGGUGCUGCAGCUGAGGCUGUCCCAGGACCAGGAGCAGCUUCUGGGCUCCCUACGCAGCCAGCAGGAGGACAUGCAGCAGCUGCAGCAGCACCUCAACCACCAGCAGGGGGCGCUAAUCAGCCAGCAGAAGGACAUCCUGGAGCAACAGGACCGCAUGUUCCAGCAGAUGACCCAGGUGAAGGAGCAGUACACCCAGCUGCUGGAGAACGUUAAGCAGCUGAACUUCCUCAGCCUGCAGGGGGAGCUAGAGAGCCAGCUGGACUCCAUGAGGACCCAGGCUGCAGCACACCACACCCAGCAGGGCUACGCUGCUCACCAGGUGGACAUGCAGGCCAGUGUGAUGGAGGUGGGGCUCCCCCUGCAGGGCUGUGGAGGCUGUGCGGAGGAGCAGUUCUGCAGCGUGUCCACCGGGGGGCCUGGCUGUGAGAGCUGCACCAUCUGCCCCCCGGGGUUCUUCCUGGUGUCCCACUGCAGCAUCCACAGCGACAGGGUCUGCCAGGACAGAGACGAGUGUCUGGAGAUGUCCAGUCUGUGUGGGGAGCAGCUCAAGUGCCUCAACACUCCAGGUGGAUUUCGAUGCCAGGGCAUGUCUGAGAGGGAGGGCGGGGCCGGCAUGUGUGGCCACGCCUACUUCUACAGCGCUGAGAUGGAAGAGUGCCAGGCGUGUUCCGACUGUGAGGGCCAACCCCCCUCCGCGCCCUGCUCCUCCACCUCCGACACCAUCUGCCCCUCCUCCUCCCCAUCCUCAUCCUCCUCCUCCAGCCCCUCCUCCUCCUCCUCCACCUCCUCCUUAUUCUCCUCCACCUCCACCUCCCCUUCAGAGGCCAAACUGUCCCUGUCCUGGUCCGGAGACGUGACCCUCCCCUCUUCCUCCUCCGCCCAGGGCUCGGGCCAGUCCUUCCCCAUGAUGAGGCUCCAGAUCCUGGGCCGGGGUCCUGGGGGUCCUGGGGGCUCUGGAGGGGUGGUGAGAGCAGAGCAGGGAGGCCUGGUGUUCAGGCAGCACGGCCUGGUCUGGCUGGACGGGAACCUGGCCAUCAGCCACGGCUGUCGGAGCUUCGUCCAGCUCUGUGUCCGCCUCAACGCCAGCGAGGGGGUCGAAGGUCGCGACCUCAGCGGGGUCAGGGUGGAGCAGAGGGAGGGGCGUGGCCUCCAGAGCGCCAGCGUGAGCGCCGUGGCUGAGGUGGCGCCCGGUCACGUCCUCUCCCUCCUCCUUCGCAGCGCCAGCCAUCACUGUAACCAUAGCAGCGACGGGCUCCGCCUCCACGACCCCUCCGCGACCCCGCUCAGCCUCCUCUGGCUGUCGCACGACACGGGCGCCGUCGCCAUGACGGCACAGGCCACGGCGUCCGCGCACUACCACACCAGCUACCGGCCGACCUUCCAGGGCACGGUGACCUCCGACCCUUACGUGGUGGCGUUGACCCACGACGGGCGUGGCGUGCGGUUCGCCGAGGCGGGGAGCGUGAGGUUGGUGUUCCGCCAGGCGCUCUACUCCAUGGGCGCGGCCUGUGUGAGCGAGGGCUUCCAGGUGCUCGCCUACCUCAACCGCAACGCCACGGGGGUGGAGCUGGGCCGCGCCUUCCGGCCCGGCGUCCACUACCGGGACACGUCCGUCACCCUGGCCACCGCCGCCACCGUCGCCCCGGGAGACACGCUAGCGUUCGAGGUGCUUGCACCGGCGCAGUGCAACGUCCGCUACUUUGGCGACGAGACAGGAAUCAGCGCGGUCGGUCUGCUCUGGGUCCCCGCCGCUCUGUCCGCCACGCUCCACGCUUCCCUGGCCCCUGCCACCCUGCCCUCAGGAGCCGUGCGCAACAAGCCCCUCCUCUUCCGCCAGACGAGCCAACCGGUGGGCCAGGUGGCGUUGGUGGGCGGGGAGGAAGAGGGGGGGAGGGACUUCCUGUUCCGGGAGCGUGGGACGGCCAGCAUAUCUCUGGAGCUGAGGUUGAUCCACUCCUGCAACCUGGUGAGGGUGACACUGCUGGGGAGGGGGCCCGAGGGUGCCGGGGGGCUGGGGGGCCCCGGGGGGGGCAGGCCCGUGCCCCUGGGGCAGCAGGUGGGGGGGCAGAUGGCAGAGGGCAGCCGCUGGGCCAGCCUGGCCCUGAGAGCCUCAGCCCUUGUGCAGAACGGCACGGCCGUGUUCUUCACGCUGGACUGCAUAAGAGGACGAGUCAACCACAUCAGCCACCAGGAGGGGAGCGGGGUGGCAGUGAUGUGGGUGGCAGGGUGA